GCAGUCAUACGAUAGUAGUGCUAGUGGAGGAGAAUACGUAUGUGCGGGAAUAGAACUAUAAUUUACAGAAAAUGUGUUUUCCCAAGAAUGAAAAGUAUAUUGAGCUGUUGCAGUAUUUAUUCAAUUUUUGAAGAUUAAACUUUCUUAUUACGGGAACGCAGUGAAAACCAUUUAAUUUAAGUGCUUGUUUGGAAAGGGUUCUUCUCUGUCUCUGCCGGAAUACUGAGGGAAAACCAGCCGGCAGGUGUGUGUGGGUGGUGCAUGCAAAAACUGACUGUGUCGGUGACGUUGUUUUCUAAAUAGGGAUCUCUCAUCUCAUAAUGGCGGAUACGGCCGCCGAAAAGGCGAAACGUGAGCGAGAAAGGCAUGGUUCUGAAACAAGUGCAAAAAACUCAUCAAUUAGACUGUCUUCAAAACCGAAAAACCUAGAUCAAAGCAUGACGGUUUCAGAGUUGGAUCCCAGUCGUGCUGGGAGCACCUCCAAGCAGAAGAAGCUUGGCCACAGGAGAGUGGACACACAUGGACAGGUCACAUAUAAAAAGACCUCUUCGUCCACUCUUAUGGCCGCCAUACAGCUGGGUAUUGGUCACUCAGUGGGCAGCAUAUCGGCCAAGAAAGAUCAGAGAGAGAGAGACGUUUUACUGCAAGACUUCACUGUGGUCGAGAGUGUCUUCUUUCCCAGUGAAGGCAGUAACAUCACGCCUGCUCAUUCCUAUCCCGAGUUCAGAUUCAAAACCUACGCUCCUAUUGCAUUCAGAUAUUUCAGACAACUCUUUGGUAUUCAGCCAGAUGAUUUUUUGAUAUCAUUGGUUGACAGAACAUUGACAGAAUUAUCAAACGCUGGUGCUAGUGGAAGUGUUUUCUACCUGACUUUGGAUGAUGAAUUCAUCAUUAAGACUACACAACACAAAGAAGCAGACUUCUUACAGAAACUACUACCAGGCUAUUACAUGAAUCUUGUACAAAACCCCAGGACACUACUACCCAAGUUCUAUGGUCUUUACACAUACCAAAGCGGUGGCAAGAAUAUCCGAUUUGUCAUCAUGAACAACCUUCUACCUUCAACAUUGAAGAUGCAUCAAAAAUUUGAUCUGAAGGGUUCGACAUACAAGAGGAAAGCCUCGAAAGGAGAGAAGCAGAAGAAAUCGCCAACAUUAAAGGAUUUAGAUUUCAUGGUAGUACAUCCCGAGGGGCUGCACCUAGAUGCGUUAACAUAUAAUGCUCUACUCAAGACGAUACAACGGGACUGCAGGGUACUUGAAAGCUUCAAGAUCAUGGACUACAGUUUACUUCUUGGUAUUCAUAAUAUUGACCAAGGAAUACGAGACAUGGCCAAAGAAGGAAGGGAAAACCCAGGCACUCCAUCAGGUCUAGAUGAUCAUCCUUCAGAGUACCCUGGUGACCCUGGUAGCUAUCCUGAGACACCCAGAACACCUACAGAGAGGACACCUAGAACACCUACAGAGAACAGCAAUGGCGAAGAUCCUCUAAAUUCAUCAUCAGGUGUACCUCCAAGGUUAGAAAGAUCACGUUCCUAUAACAACAGACAGAGAGUAGCUGCAUUCUCAACGACGAGAGAAGCCAUCCAGGGUCAGUCUGAUACAUACGUGUCAGGAGGAGAGGAUGAACAGAGUGGUGGUAUUCCAGCUAAAAACUCAAAAGGAGACCGAUUAUUACUCUUCAUAGGCAUCAUAGACAUCUUACAAUGUUACAAAUUAACAAAGAAAUUAGAACACACAUGGAAAUCAGUUGUACAUGACGGUGAUACAGUCUCAGUUCACAGACCUGAUUUCUAUGCCAACCGUUUCAAGGAAUUCAUGGCUAAAAAUGUCUUCAAGAAGAUACCUCUUCGAAGAGAGAGUGAUGCAACCCCAUUAAUCAAUGUGAAACACUCGCCAUCUAAGAAGAGGGGUCAAGCAGGUCAGUACAGCCAGAGCUCCAGGCAGGCGGACAGCAGUGGGGCUAACCGACCCAGGUCACAAACUGAACCUGUACUCUCAGAACCCCACUCCAAGAAGACACUUCCAACAGAAGAAACAGGUGCCCGUCCAAAGGAGCCUAGACCUGACCUAGUUCCUAGUACCCCGCCCCUUGGAGGGGAAGCCUCCGGCUACACGCCUUCAGUAGAGGUAACAGAGACGUCUGACGCCAGCGCUGAGAAUGCAAUGCCCGCCAAAUCAGCAUUCCGGCUCAAGCAGCAAUCAACGACUACUACAGCGGUCAGCGAUGACCAAGCCUCGCUGUUGGACAUCAACAUCCAGACCGAGGGCAGUGGCUUAGCCAUGCAGGAACUUGAGCGAAAGCUAUCAGCGGCACACUUAGAACAGAAUAUAGACUAUACGCAAAGUGGCAGCAGCACGCUAGACACCGGUAGCGAGUCCUCCCCUAGGAAGUCCCACGAGUUUGAUUCGCCCUACCACCAGUCAGAGUACCAUGACAUCAUCCUCAAAGGGAGCCGGGAGAACCUGUCCGUAGGAGGCGUCUCGACGACGGCGGAAGAAGCAGGAGAAACGAUGCAAGGAGAUGUGGAUGUGAAUGGGCUUUCACGCUCAGAAAAUGGAGGAAGAACUCAUGAAGAGGAUAAAGGGGAAGAUGUAGAGAUUGAUGGGAAUGUAGGAAGCGUUUGGCUAUGAGGGAGCCCUUCAUAGUUGGCAUUCCACUUUGCCGUGCUACGUGGUUCUAAUGUUGCAAACGGUGUAUGACUUUAAAAAGCAGUUGUGUCAUUUCCAGUACGGCAGAGAGAUCUUCACGUCAGUUAUCAAGCCAGUGCUAUGUGAGUGCAUACGUAAUGGUGUCAUGUCAUUAAAUAAGUGUUUGUGCUGAGUUUUGGUUAAAUGGAUCAACUCUUUCAAGAUUGUGCAGGUGGCAUCUGAUCCGUUAUCAUGAUUUGCCCAGAGCAGCAAAAUGGAAUCACAGAUGGAUGGCAUCAUCCAACACGAUCAACAUACGGACUUUGGGUGUGUGUUAACAAUAGCUUAACAAAUAAAAUAUGGAAAGUGUUUAGCUUUGAAAAUUAACCCCUAAUCCAUGUUAGCAUGAUACAAACUAACCUGCAUGUUCUCCUUGAUAUCCAAAUCCAUGCAUUAUCUUGACCCAAUUAUCAUGUUAUGAAAUUUCCCCUUUACCUUUCCCCCUAUUAAGAUUUGAAUGGCUUGUCAAUGUAGGAGAGAGAGAAAUGUUCUUGUUGCAACAGAGUUGAAUAUUUGCAGUCUUUGUCCUUUGACCUUUAUGCUUGAUCCAAUGCUGACCUCAGUAUGACCUUAGUAUGACCUUUCCCUGCUGCCCAGUUUGAAGAGUAGGAUUUGAAUACCGAAUAAGAAAACUACUGUAAAUCCACAAUUAUCCGAGAGUCCCUCUUUCAUUUUCCCUGCUCCCUUCCUUGGUUCUAUUGCAUUCUUGAUUUUUCUUUGACAAGUUGGAAGUGUAUAGAGCUUCUGGCACUCAGUGCAAUGAGAACAUUAGUUUUCAGGCUAACGAUGAAGAUCUACUGCAACAGAAAGUAGAUUGCCUCUGCCUCAAAAUGUUGUUCCACAGACAUUAUUUAUAAAAAAAAUGUUUUUGAUUUCAUCAUACUUUUUUUAGUGGAAUUUGUUAUCCAGAUGAUAAGUUGAUUAGAACCCAGUAUUAUUUCCAUAAAGAUUUCUCGAAUUCAGUAAGUGUAUAUAUUUUGUUUAAAAAACAAGAAGCUUUGCUUUGCAACAUAAUAUAUUCAUGAAAAAGUAAUUUUGCAAUUAAAAGCCUGUUUGAAGAAAUGCACAGUUUGCGGCAUUUAAUUUGGUCAAAUCCACACUUCUGAUUAUUAAUUAUUACAUCACAUUCCCUCUUUCCAUGUAUGCUUGAUUAAAUUAAAUAGAAAAUUAUCUGUUUAUACUUUUGGCCUUUUUUGAGCUGCAAUAAAGUAAACUAGGUUUGAAAGAAGAACAGACCAGGUGCACAGUUCAAUAGAUCAAAGACUGUCUGGAAUUAACGGGCUAUUUCAUAUAUGUAGCAGGAACAAACAAAAUGUGGCAGCAGUAAUUUUUACAUUUCCGUUUAUCCAGAAAAAAUGCAGAUUCUAGUGCACUGAUUAUUAGCUUUACAUAUCAACAUUUUAUUAGCCUAGGAUUAUAACAGCGCCAAACUCAUGUGAGAAUUAUCUUUUUUUUUUAAAUGACCAUUUUCUCCUUUUAUAUUUUUUCCUUGUAUGAUGUCAAUGCAUAUUGAAAAGACAGAAUGUUAUGUGGCAUAAUGCUGUUCAUGCAGCGAGUAUAUUUUUCUUUAUAAUUUAUCAAAUUUCAAAGUGAAAUAUUACUUUCUUUGUUUUUAUUUGUUACAAAAGGUAUUAUGUAUCAUUUAAAACUUUAAAACAAAACAAUGUCAUAUCAUUAAAGUAAGACCAAGUAUUAUUUUUUUCGUUUGUUUCCGUAUGUGUAUAUUGUAUAUAAAAAUAUACACCUCUAUAGAUGUAUAUACUACAGCUAUUUAAUAUUUCAGUUGUAGCAUUAUUAUAAAUAGUAUUGACUAUGUCAUAAUCUCAACUAUAUUUUGUGUAACCAUUUUCCAUGAACACGUUGAUACAUUAUUCAAUUGUCACUUGUUUAUAUUGUUUUAUUAUGUGCAGGCGCAUUAAGAAUAGGUCAAACCUUUUUAUAUUGGAUGUAUUUUCUUCUCCCCUUCCCCCUGAUUUUCUCUCAAGUUGUUACCUCUGCUGUAUAUUGGUAUAUAUUUCAACCUCUUUUAUUGUGUACUUCACCAAGCUUGAAGAAUAUAACCUCGUUUACAUAUGCCGCGGGAAACUGCUGCGGUACACUGCAUGGGAAAAAAAUAAUUGAAGUGCGAUUAACAGUUCUGUAUCUUAUAACACAGAGGUAAAAGUUUAUAGGGUAAGGGGCCUUGUGUGCAGAUCCUUUUUUUUUCCAUCCCUACUGCGAUUCAUUACACUUAAAAAAAAAAAACCUGCCACUUUAAACUGCUGCAGUUUUCCGCAUCAUAUGUGAACAGGCCUAAACGGUUUGUGAUGAUGGAUAUGUAUAUUGACUGGAUUAUUGAGCUAUGUAUUGAUUGUCAUGUUGUACAGCAGUACCAAGUCUGUUCUCUAUGUGCCACAUGAAUGUGAUAACCAAAGCAAUAAAGUGGAUGAAGCAUUGUGAUCAAUUUGUGGAUUCAAACUGUACAGGCUCUUGCUGUGUGAAAGAAAACCAACAACAAAAUAAACGGUCAAAUGUAGUAUUGUA